UAUGAACAAAAAGGAAAGAAUAGCUAAGUAUAAAGAUAAAAUAAAUGAUGUAAUUCAUAAAAUGAUGUAUGAACUCUUUAAAUCAUAACCUGAAAACUAUGUAAAUCAUGAAUUUUAUUGUAGAUUGAUUGGAUGAUUCAAUACCUUGAAUCUGUUAAAAUUCAAUCAAGUAAAACACUUUAGACAUAAAUUGCAAUUGAAUACAAUCUAUCAUCUGAUGAAGAAGAAAAUGAAGAAAUUGAUGAAUUGCCAUUACCUGCUAAAAAUGCUAAAACCUUUAGAAGUUCUGUAAGUGCAGAAGUUUUUGGUGUUCAUAAUAAAAAGGAAAACUUUAUACCAAGAGUUAUACCAAAGACUGAAGAAUAGAAACAAUAAAUCUUAGAGAAAUUAAUGAAAGUGUUUAUGUUUUAAGCACUAGGAUAACAUGAAUAAGAAAUUGUUGUUAAUGCAAUGGAAGAAAAACAUUACUCAAAAGAUGACUGGGUGAUUAAUUAAGGAGAUGAUGGAGCUGAACUUUAUAUUGUUUUUUCUGGUGAACUUGAUUGCUUUAGAAGAAUGAAACCAACAGAUUCAGAACCUAAAUUCCUAAAGUCAUAUAAACCUGGCGAUAUGUUUGGAGAAUUAUCUCUACUCUAUAAUUCUCCAAGAGCAGCCUCUAUUUAAGCUAAGAUGGAUUCAGUUCUCUUUGCAUUAGAUAGAAGCACUUUCAAUAACAUAGUCAAAGAUGCUACUAUAAAAAAAAGACUAUAAUAUGAAGAGGUCCUUUCAAAAGUUGAAUUAUUACAUUCAAUGGAAACUUAUGAAAAGACUCAAAUAUGUGAUGGUUUGAAGGAGUAAUCAUAUUAGAAAGGAGAUGUAAUCAUUCAAGAGGGAGAAGAAGGAGAUAAAUUUUAUAUGGUUGCAGAAGGAACUUUAGUUGCUUUUAAAAAUAAUAAUGGGAAUUAAGAAGAAGUCCUAAGGUAUCAGACAGGUGACUAUUUUGGAGAAUUGGCAUUAAUACAUAAAGUACCAAGAUAAGCUACAAUAAUAGCUGAAGUACAUAUGAUAAAAUUAAAUAGACUUAUUGUGUUGUAGUGUAUUUAGAUAGUAAUUCAUUUUUGAGAUUGCUUGGACCUGUUGAAGAUAUUCUAAAAAGAAAUGCAGAAACCUAUAAGAAAUUUAUUACAAAUUGAU